UGACCCUGCCCGCUCCGCGCAGAGGCAAAUUUAAUUAGUCGGCAUGCUGUGCAUCACCAACCAUAGCAAUAAUAUGAAUGCGAAGGGAAGCACACGACUAGAAAACAGGAGGGGCGAGAGGGAGAGAGAAGAGUUUGGGUUUGACCAUCUACUACACCUCAAUGCGUAUGACCCCCUUAUAUCCCUCCGCAUCACCAAACUCAGCGCUAAGCUGCAGCUCGCCUCUCGAUCAGAUUCCCUUUCUCCGUUUUGUCUCCGUUCGGAUCUCAGUCUGCGGGAAAGAUUGCAUCUUGCUCGAUCCAUCCGCCUCUUCUCACUCUCUUCUUCCUACUCGGCACCGCGCUGCUCGGGGUUUGCGCUAAAGCUAAUCAUUGAGAUUUUCAGUGGGGAGUUGGUUCUGUAUGGAAAGGAGAUAAAGGAGGUGUAAAGGGUUUUCAAAGGUCUUAGUUUUGAGU